AUGUCCGCCCCCAUCUCCCAGGCCCUAUGGGAUGCCCGGAUACCGCUCUACAUCACCCAUCCAUCCGCGCCUACCGCGCCCUUCAUCACCAGCAUCCCGCGUUUUUCCUACCUCGCCCUGCUGCUGCCGCGCCUCUCCGCCUUCUUCAACACGCCCUGCUCCAGUUUCCACUUUGAGGAUGUUUUGCUGCGGAACCUCGCCGCGGGCCUGCUGGUGGACCUGUACCAGCCGUCGCUGCCGUGGCGGCUCGUGGUCAAUGAUGGCGUAAGCUGGGACAUUUCCGACACGUUCCUCAACGCCGCCAAGGAGGCAGACUUCAUCCGCAACGCCAACGCCAACCAAAUCAUGAAAAUGUCCAAAAGCGACACCACGCAGCUCUGGCAUGCCGUCAUUGAUAAUGACUAUGCCGCGUUUUCCCGCAUCAACAACCGUCUGCUCAAUGCGCCUACGGCCCUCAAGCACGUCCCAAUGCGCGUCUACUUGCCCCUCGUACCGGUGGGCAGCGCAAGCGGCGGCGGACAGUCGACCACGGUGCAUCAGCAGCAGGCCGGCGACGGUUCAUCGGCGGGCGCCUUCAAGGUUCUCCAGUCUCUCGUACAGCCGCUCGGCACAGAUCGAAAGCCAAGACUUCUGGGGCAUGCGCUCAAGGAGAUGAUGCCGAAGCUGUUCCCGAGCAGCAGGGAUCCCGUCAUGGCAAACGUUCUUCUGCACGGAGUAGCGGUGCCUUUCGAUGCCCCGCUCGCGGAUCUCAUGAGAGAAGCAGCCUAUCCUGACGGCUGGCUAAGUUUUGUUGUCGUCAUCUUAUGA